AUGGGAGAAGAAUCACAUGAGACGUCCGUAGCAUUGACCAUAUUGGCUCACAUAUGCGGCUGGAUCUAUUUUACGGCUUGGACCAUAUCAUUUUACCCCCAAUUGAUAUCAAAUUACCAUGCUAAGUCAACGGAAGGAUUAUCGAUCACCUUUGCGGUAUUCAAUCUAAUAGGGUUUAUUGCGCUAGCCCAAUAUGAUAUUAUACGCUAUGGGGUGCAAUUACGAUACGAUUUACCUCAGGCGGUAGAGAUACAGGAUGUAUGUUUCGCGGUUCACGCUGCCGUGUUGUGUAUCAUUUGCUGUUUGCAGUUUAUUCACUAUGACUCAGGCUGGCGAGAGCGGGUGACGCGGAGAACCUGGAUCAUGUCAGUCGUUUUGAUAGUUGCGGGGAUGGCGCAUCUGCUGUUGGUUGAAAUGGGGGUGAUCCCCUUGACGCACUAUCCUGACAUGGACAAUUCCUCUUAUUUAACAUCAGCCUGGUCGUUUACCAAUUUCUGUGGUGCGCUCAAGUUAGGAAUUACGCUGUUCAAGUAUUUGCCCCAGAUUGUAUUGAACUUUGAAAGGCAAAUGACCAACGGAUUAGCUAUUUGGACAUUUAAUCUGGAUUGUGUCGGUGGAAUAUUUUCUUUGAUCCAGAAUGGAGUAGAAUCGAUUAACCACCGGAACAGCGCCUACAUCACCGGUAACCUACCAAAGGUGGGUAUCGGUUUAGUGGGGCUGACAUACAACGCGAUUAUUCUCGGUCAGCACUAUUACUUGUACCGAGAGCAGAACUUCGAAGCUAAGAGAAUAGGUGGGGAGGACACCAUGUCUGGGAAACUCACCACAGGGGAUGACGGGGUUGACUGCCUGCUAUAG